GAAACAUACCUCCAACUCUUGGAAUUCGCCACUUUAGAUCAUUAGACACCAUGGUAAAAGGAGGAUCACUCAAGGCAGCCCUGGUCGCUCAGCAGGCCAAAGCGGCUCGCAAAGCCGCCCAGGUCAAGGUGCAAGAAGCUCUCGAACGAAAGGAAAAGUCCAUGUCCGGUGGUAACAAGCAGAAAAACCGUCGCGACAAGCAGCAGGAAAAGAACCUGAGUAAAAUGCAAGCUGCGAUCGAAGCUGCUGGUACUACGGAAGGCGGCAAGGAGAAACAACCUUAUCGGCCCCGCACCCUCACUUACCCCUUCGACGCGACUGACACCAUCCUCCUCAUUGGGGAGGGAGACUUUUCCUACACCCUCUCGAUCCUGAGCCCGCCUCACAAUCAUCCCGCUCAGCGUGUACUCGCGACGGCCUAUGAUAGCGAAAAGGAAUGCUACGAAAAAUACCCUGCAGCCGAAGAGACGGUUUCCAAGAUCCGGGCUCUGGGAGCCAGAGUCGAAUUCGGGCUGGAUGCGGGUGCUAUCGAAAAAUGCAAAGCCGUCGGCAAGGCCAAGACGUGGAGUCGUAUCGUGUUCAAUUUCCCCCACGCCGGCGCUGGUAUCAAGGACCAAGAUCGAAACAUCCUCACCAACCAGCAUCUCCUUCUCACCUUUUUCCGAUCCGCCGCACCUUUCCUUACCGAGGGACCGUCCCGUUUCGCGAUCAACAAGAACGACAAGGUCAAGGGCAGACCUAAUACGUUGAGAAAGCUGGGCGGAUAUGGCGUCGAGGAGGACGAGGAUGUUCCAGUCGAGGAGGACGAGGAGAUGGUGGAGUUGGAUGGGGAAGCCGUUGAAGGAGAAGGAGCGCCAGGGUCAGAUGCGGGACCGCAGGCCGAAGAGGAGGACGAAGAUAUUGGUAUCGAUAUCGACGAGUACCUCGCCCAAAAUUCCAAGGUGGAAGACCUAGACGUCAAGCCGAAACCGGUCGCCGUUGAGGAAGCCGAUCCCUCGGCUCCACCUAGGACGCAAGGUACCAUCCUUGUCACUCUCAAAGAUUCCAUACCCUAUACUCUUUGGAACCUCAAGGCCCUGGCAACUCGCCCUGCAGACACCUUGGCGACGCAUCCGCUCUUUGCUGCGCUCAACAGGAACAAGACUAUGGGUGUCCAGCCCCGAUACACCGUGUGCCGAUCGUUCGCCUUCGUGCCCGAUCUGUAUCCCGGCUACGCCCAUGUCAAGACCAGAGGCGCUGCAGCACCCAACAAGCGUGACGUUGACGAUGUCAUUGCUAGGGGCACGGGUGGGACCAGGACGUGGGAGUUCGCUCUGAAAGCGAGGGAGAGGCGAGGUGGAAAGAGUUUCCGAGGAAAGCCAAGAAGGCCUUGAGAGAGCAUGUUAAGAGAGGUUAAAUGCUCCGUGCGGACCUGAUCUUCAUAUAUAGCCAGUAUUGGCGCACGUUCUGAACGAGAUCGAUUCUACCUUUUGUUGGUACCAUCCUGUAUGUAUGCCAUCAUCAAGCGGAGAAUUCCUGAACGAUCUGGAUUUUCAUGACAAGAGCCUGUAGCAGAUCAAGCUCGAAAUCGGGUCACUCAGUGGGGAAUAGUGUGAAGAUUGUCUGGCAUAAGGUGGGAUCAUGGACGGGACGCUC